AUGGCGGGCGGCGCUGGGCACAACCGGCGUCUGACCCCAGCUGGAGGCUGGCCGGGGCUGGGCCCCCGUGCCCCAAGCCGGCCACUGGCUGCAGGCUGCAGGCUGGGCGUGGGGAAAGCUUCUCCGGCCGCCAUCCCAGGAGCGGUUCCCCAGAGAAGGGGCAGCCGUGAGCCUGUAGCAGCUGCCUCCCUGCAAGGCCACGCGCACCUGGCCUCCACUCUGCCUUUGGGGGGUGGGGCGGAGCCUCGAGGCCCCGGCUCCGAGCCCAGGUGCGGGAGGCCCCGGGCGGCUGCUGACCAAGCAGGCCCUUUGGUGCAGGCCUUGGAUGAGUCCCUGACCAUGGGCCAGCACACAGAGCUCAUCCUCACGCUGCUGCACGGGCUGUGCAGCCACGACCACCUGUCCUGCGACCUGGCUUCCCACCUCCUCCUGAUGGUCUUGGAGAACCACAGCGUCCAGCCGGGGCAGGUGGCCGAGAUCCUGCAGGGCCUGUUCCAGGAGCUGCCCAGCAUCGUCUUCAAGGACAUCCUGCAGACCUCCAUGAAGGCCGUGACCAUGCUGGGGGACCAGCACCCCCAGGAGACGGUCGAGGUGAUGCUGUCCCUGUGCCACCCCUCCGAGAGGCAGGUGGCACCCCUGUGGAAGGCGCUGGCCACCAAGAGCCAGCUGGCCCGCAAGGUCAUCACCCUGCUCUACACGAAGCUGCAGCUGCGGCCGGCCCAGCUGCCCGUCAAGCAGUCGGCACAGGCGGAGCUCGUGUCCCUGCUGGCCCUGCGCACUAUUUACGAGCUCCUCUACGUCCAAGAGUACAAGGCCACGGUGCGCUGGGCCUUCGCGGGCAUCCUGCUGGGCCUGCUCACGCAGCUGCACUACCUGUUCGAGCUGGGCGUGGUGGACAGCCUGGCCAACUUCCAGGAGGACAGCCUGGAGGUGAAGCCCCUCGGGCCCUGCCGGACGUGCCUGGAGGCCCUGAAGGGGCUCUUCUGGACCACCAACUACUGGGAGGUGUUCGCCUACCUCCAGCUGCUGAGGGGCUGGGAGCUCUUUGAGCACCUGGAAACCUACACAGAUGGGGUGACCCUCUUGGCCAGGGCCAUGUCCCACUAUGACUGCGAGGUCAAGGCCGUCUUGGGGCAGGCCAUCAUCUCCCUGAAGAGCACGAAGGAACGAGACAACAUCGUGGCCAUCCUCAUCAUCGCUGAGUUUCUCAACAGCCAGGAGCUCACCCAGUACCUGUCUCGGAAAACCAUGGACUACCUUCUGAGCCUGGGCCUGAACAACCCCAACCAGCUGGUGCGGGCCAUGAGCCUGGUGAGCCUCAGCAGCACCCUGCUGCACCCCAAGAAGGUGGUCCUGCUCCGGAAACGGCUGGCGGGGCUGCUGGACAGCUUCCUGACGCCCCAGCCCCCGGACCUCGUCGGCCUGAUGGAGAUCGUGGGCGACAUCCUGCACCGCCUGGGCUCGCAGGGGGUCGGCACCAUCAGCCUGAGGCUCGCGCGGCUCCUGCAGCCGCUCUUCGAGGACCCGCAGGAGGAGGUGCGCGGGGGAGCCAUCUUCCUGUACUCCGACGUCAUCUACAGCGGGGGCAGGAAGUGUCAGCCGGCGCUCAAGAGCCACGCCUUCCAGUCCCUGGUGCCACUGCUCUUCCACCUGGCCGACUCCUGCCCGGACGUGGUCCUUAAGGCCAAGUUCACCUUCCUGCGCUGCUCCAUCUUGCUCAACUGGGAGUUUCGGAAGCAGCUGUUCAGCAAGUUGGCGUGGGGCCACGGCCUGGGAGCCGAAAGCGACAUUUUUAUGUGCAUGGUGGAGAGCAACUUCGGCAAGUGCCACCAGUUCCUCAUGCAGGCGUGCACCUACCUGAGCAGUCCCCACAGGAACCUGAGGCUGACGGCCAUGAAGUUCAUCGGGGGCAUCCUGCAGGACUACUUCAUGAACCUGUGCUGCUGCCUGAAGAAGGGCGACGUGGAGGUCCUCCGGGAACGUGAGCGCGGGGGGCCUGCCUCCCCCACCCCCAGCCCUCCCUGCCCCUUCCCCGCCGCCCUGCCCCCGCGGCAGAGGCUGUGCCGCCGACCCUCGGCCUCCACUGCAGAGUUCGAGACCCUCAAGGAGCAGGACUCCGCGGGCCGCAGGUUCUACCAGGACUUCUUGGAAGACGUUGUUGAACUGUCCCGUCUGGUGGCCCACGGCGGCGGCGGGGCGCAUGCGGUGUUCCCGGAGCAUAUGGAGCCCAGCAACACCUCCUCCGCCUUCCCGCCUUCCCGCCUUCCCCGACGGCGGGCCCCGCCCCCGGGGGGGGUCCCUGCUCGCUGGGAGGCCAGGCCCGGGGCCCGGGGAAGGAGCACCCAACCAGCAACGCAGACCGUGGUGGCUGCUGUGGUGGGCAUCCCGGCACCCAAACCACUCCCCACCCCCCCAUCGCCGCCAUCUCCAGCUCUGUCACCACCACCAUCACCACCACCACCACCACCACCAUCACCAUCACCAUCACCACCAUCACCAU